AUGUCAAGCAAGCCUCAGUUAGCACGAGAUUCAACAGUGGCUGUCACGGCAAAGGCUGGUAAAGAAUUUCUUGGUGGUGAGAAAUUGGGUGACACGCGUCUAAACACUCAGGCUAAGAAGACUGCUCGGAAGGCUACUAUUCGGAAGGGGCAGUCCAUCAAGAGGACCAUCGAAGAAGCAAAACAGCUGCUUGGGAAUAGCGCUGGCCUUGCUGAUGUCAAUUCGGCUCGACAAUUGCGAAAGCACCCAGCUCCAAUUUCCUCUACAACCCCAAAACGGGUGAAUAAGAAGGGAGCCGGCCGUCCACCGAAGAAGGCAAAGGUGAGCGAGUCAUCGGCCGCCGCUGGCGCGGACGGCACCACCACUGCAUCAACAUCCUAG